UACACAUUUUCAAGUUUCUUUUCUUCUUCAAGCCACUUACAAAACAUACACCAUGCAAUCUCAAGCUCAUCUUCUUUUUCAACCAUCAUCCCACUUCUGGGUCAAUUCAACCUCGGCCCGACCCAUCAAUGUCAAACCAAACGGAACAAACAUAAUAAUGUCAGCGGUAACAUCUGCCCCAAAAAGAGAAACUGACCCGAAAAAGCGGGUGGUGAUAACAGGUAUGGGUGUAGUAUCUGUAUUUGGGAAUGAUGUUGAUACUUACUAUGAGAAGUUGUUGGGUGGUGAAAAUGGAGUCGGGUUGAUUGACCGGUUUGAUGCAUCAAUGUUUCCUACCCGGAUUGGUGGGCAGAUACACGGGUUUGAAUCCGAAGGAUACAUUGAUGGGAAAAGUGAUAGGAAACUUGAUGAUUGUUCAAGGUAUUGCAUUUUUGCUGGUAAAAAAGCUCUUGAAAAUGCUCAUCUUGGUAUUGAAAAUCACUCUAAGAUUAAUAAGGAGCGUGCAGGCAUACUCAUUGGAACUGCAUUUGGAGGUAUUACAGUAUAUUAUGAUGGCGUCGAAAGUCUUAUCGAAAAAGGUCACAGGAAAAUCACUCCUUUUUUCAUGCCUUAUGUUAUGCCAAACACUAGUUCGGCCAAGCUUGCGAUUGAUCUUGGAUUCACGGGACCAAGUUAUUCCAUUUCAAGUGCUUGUGCUACUUCCAAUCAUUGCUUUCAUGCUGCUGCAAAUCAUAUUCGAAGAGGGGAAGCCGAUAUGAUGGUUGCUGGUGGGACUGAAGCUCCCAUUACUCCUAUUUUGUUGGGAGGUUAUCUAGCUCUUAAUGCACUCUCUAGAAGGAAUGACGAUCCACAAACGGCUUCUAGACCAUGGGAUAAGAAUAGAGAUGGAUUUGUCAUGGGUGAAGGUGCUGGUGUUCUGGUUAUGGAGAGCUUGGAACAUGCAAUGAAAAGGGAUGCGCCAAUAUACGCAGAAUACUUAGGAGGGGCGGUAAACUGUGAUGCUUACCAUAUUACUCGUCCAUGCUCUGAUGGGCUCGGUGUAUCUUGUUGCAUUAAAAGCUGCCUUAAGGAUGCUGGUGUGUCAACAGAGGAGGUUAACUACAUCAAUGCACAUGCAACGUCAACAUUGAUUGGUGAUCUGGCCGAGGUAAAUGCUAUAAAGAAGGUAUUCGAAAGAACUGCAGGGAUCAAAAUGAACUCAACCAAGUCUAUGAUUGGGCACUGCCAAGGUGCAGCCGGAGGCCUGGAAGCCAUUGCUACAAUCAAAGCUAUUCAAACAGGAUGGGUGCACCCCACCAUAAAUCAAUUUAACCCAGAACCUGCAGUUGAAUUCGACACUGUUGCAAAUCAAAAGCAACAACAUGAAAUCAACGUUGCGAUUUCAAAUUCAUUUGGUUUCGGAGGGCACAACUCUGUUGUCGCAUUUUGUACAUUCAAAUCUUGAUAUAAUUCGGUCUAUGUGUUUCCAUGGAGCAACUGCUUAUUCUUGUUCUUGUAUGUUAUUAUAAGCACAUUAGCACUUAUAAUGGUUCUUUAUGUGAUAUAAUGGUGACAGAAAAUGGCCUCUAAAACAUUCAAUAAACGGUCUUGCAACCAACCUACCGAUUUCAGCUUGAAAUCUGGAGUUGAAACAAAAUUUAAAG